AUGUCGUCCGCUCCUAAUGUACUCGAUUACGACGUCGUAAUAGUAGGGGGCGGCUUCUCGGGAUGCUACUUGCUAAAAUUGCUGCGAGACCAGGGGUUUGCCACCGUGCUGAUCGAAGCCAACUCUCGCCUUGGUGGUGUCUGGUCUUGGAGUUGCUAUCCCGGAGCCAGAGUCGACUCAGAACUUCCGUACUACGGAUACUCCGAUCCAGCCAUAUGGAGUACCUGGCAGUGGACUGAGCGAUUCUGUUCGUAUCGUGAACUUCGUGGCUAUUUCAAUCAUGUUGACAAAGUUUGGCGACUCUCGCCUGAUGUUGUCUACAAUACCAAAGUGACUAGGUCCCAGUGGCAAGAAGAUUCUGGGACCUGGCUUAUCUCCACUGCGGAAGGGCAACAGCAAUAUAGAUGCACCUGGUUUGUGCCUGCGACGGGCACCUCCUUCAAGACGAAUGUUCCAGACUUGAGAGGCAAAGAACUGUACCAAGGUUCCAUGCUACACUCUUCAAAGUGGCCAGAGUCCGGAUUGGAUUUUACCGGGAAGCGUGUUGCGAUCAUCGGCGCAGGGAGCACAGGAGUUCAAAUCAUGCAAGAGGCAGCAAAGAAGUCGUCGAGGGUGGUUCAAUAUUCGAAGACUCCCAACUUUGCGUUGCCAAUGAGACAGCGGCAGAUCAGCGAGGAGGAGAUUUACCAUACGAAGUCUCAUGUUCCCCAUCUUUUCAAGGCCUGUCGCAAUACUCGGAUUGGUUUAGCUGUGACCAAUACUGGCAAGAAGACAUUCGACGUAUCGGAUGAAGAGCGGGAGAGGAUUUGGGAAGAGAACUGGAAGCGAGGAGGUUUCAACUGGUCGCAGGGAGGUUUUACAGACACUGUGUUUGAGAAAGAAGCAAAUCUGGCUGCGUACAACUUCUGGCGCAAAAAGACUCGAGCAAGAAUCACGGACCCGGCUAAGGCAGAUGUACUUGCUCCAAAAGAGCCUCCAUACUGGAUCCUCACCAAGAGACCGUCGUUGGAACAAGAUUACUUCGAAAUGUGCGAUAGACCAAACGUUGAGCUCAUGAACUCGCCCAUCGAAGAGUUCACUGAGAAAGGUAUUAUCACGAGGGACGGUCAGGUUCGUGAGUUCGACAUCAUUGUGUUCUGCACUGGCUACGAUGCGGUCACUGGCGGGCUUCGCACUAUGGGCAUAAAAGGCAGAGACGGAAUAGACCUUAACGAUAAGUGGAGAGACGGCGUACGAACGCAUCUUGGUAUGCUCGUCACUGGGUUCCCGAAUAUGUUCGUGGCAUAUGGACCACAGGCCCCAACAUCACUCACCAACGGUCCUACAUUCAUCGAGAUCCAAAGCGAAUGGAUCGCAGAAACCCUUUCUACACAGCGAGAGCAGAAGCUUCGCUCUAUCGAGCCCAAGCCAGAAGCCGAAGAGGCGUGGCGCGAAGCGUGCAGCAAGAUCGCUGAGGCUACUCUUUUGUCUCAGACUAACUCAUGGUACAUGGGUAGUAACAUUCCAGGAAAGCCGCGUGAAUUUUUGAUGUACCUAGGCGGCAUCCCCGCCUGGCACGAGGCUUGCAAGGAGGCUUUGAAAGACUGGGAUGGGUUCGAUGUUAGAACUUAG